CAAAAUUGAAGCAACGUUGAGACACGGUUAACGCAGAUCGGCGGUUAAACAGCAAAAAAAAAAGAGCGCAAAGCUAAAAAACGUGAAAAGAAUUUCAUAAUCAAAAGUUAAUUAACAAAUACAAAACAAAAACAAAAAUACAGACACUAUAAUAAAGACUACGCUAAAAAGCAGUGCAAGUCAGUGCCAAGCCAUUAAGAAGCUUUUGUAUAAGCCAAAAAACAAAAUUUUAAACCAAACGCAACUGGAUAAUCCAUCUAAAACAAAAUCAAACAAAAUGGUCGUUGAGGAAUCUACAGCAAUGCAUCAACAUCAAUUGGAUAUGGAGUGUGCUCCCAUUGGACGCACUGUGAAGCAGGCUCUACUGCGGGCCCAGAUGGAAUCACGCGUCAUUGUUGGACUAUCGGCUGCCAUCAAUGUCUUAUCAAAAUCACCAGAGGGUUCACUCUUCUGCCUCAUGGCAGUGCCCAAGGAUGGUGACUCGGCAACUCAUAUGCAUGAGGUUCUAUUGGAGGCCUUUUGCUAUGAGAAUGACAUCUAUGUGAUCAAAGUGGACGAUGCCAUGAAAUUGAGCCGCAUUCUGGGACAGGAGACCAUCGAAUCGUGCUGUCUGGUGCAAAAGACCUGGACUGGUGAACUGAAUGAGGAGCAGCUCAAUAAGGCCGAAAAUCAAUUGGUCGACUAUUGUGAAGCCCAUUGGGAUGCACCACAACAUCCCAUUGUUCAGCUGCCGGCUGUGUAGAAUGUGUGAUCUAACCCAUUACAUAUUGAAUUGAAAUACCAUGCCCAAUAAGAUGGCAAGCGAUGAACAAAUUUCACCACAAGUUUCAAACAAAACAGAAAACAGAAAAUUCAAAAACCAAAAAACCAGUUAAAGGUUGAUGACUCGCAAACGUUUUGGAGAGUUCCUUGGAAGGGAAACCGACGUACGGUAUCAGCUUAUAACACACUAUAUAUACAUAUAUACAUAUAUAUCCAGUAUAUACCUUAAGCGAUAUAUAUAUAAAGCUAUUAUAAAGCUACUUAUAUUGUAUCAAGAGGAUGGAUAUAAUUGGAGAGGGCGACCUUCAUUGAAGCCCGGCAAUAGCGGCCAGCCACAUCGAAUGCAGUAGAACUUGCAGUUGAAGUAGCCGCGGAAGUAACACAUACACUUACACUCAAACAAACACACACACAAAUACUCUUAAACAUACACAAACACACUUAAACAUACACACACACAGAAACACAGAGAUACUCGCUCUCAUUUCGUAAUUUCGCAAUAUUGCGGACUGUGAGAUACAGAUACAAUUGUACCUACAGACAUACAAAGCGCGUGACCAGCUGCUGGCUGAAUUUUUCUUUAACAUACAAUCUAUAUACAUAUUGAUAAUGUCAAAUCUAUAUAAUUUCUAGUUCAUACUGAACUUAUUGUAUUUAAAAAAAAAAUUAAAGUCUUGUUAUGUUAGCUUUUCAACAAACAUACAAAAAAAAAAAAA